AUGGGAGCCUCAGUCCUGAGGCGCCAGGCGGCGUGGCCUCGGCCGCCGCCCGCCGGCGGCGCCGCGGCCCUGCAGGUCGCGUUGCUGCUGGCCCUGCUCGCCAAGACGUCCCACGCCGCCUUCUUCGAGGCCGCCCGCGGCGCCCGGCUGCUGCAGCGCUGCCUGGCGGCGCUGCUGGCGUGCGCGUGGAGCAGCCCGCUGCAGGGCGCGCUGUGGUCCGUGCUGGCCGAGUUCCUUGGCGGCGAGGAGGGCGCGUUGCCCGCGGUCCUCGACCUGGCGGGCGACGCCGCGCUGAUGCAGCGCGUCGUCGCCAGCGUGGCGGACGAGCCGGACGUGGGCUGCAUGGGCUUCGUGCGCCUGCUGUGCCGCGGCCUGCAGAAGCUCGCGGGCUCCGCGCCGGAG